CAGCAAUGACCCGUCCCUUAUGUCGUGAUUUCUGAUCUUUAAAACCACCGGCGCCAACCGUCCGAUCCGUCUUUGCCCGGAAACCAUGAUGCUGGAUCUAGGCCCCUUCUCGGACGACAAAUUCGACCCUAAGAAGUGGAUGAACUCGGCGUGCCAGGCUAGGCAUCCGCAAGACUCACUGGAGAAGCACAUGGUGGAUCUCGAGAUGAAGCUCCAAAUGGUCUCGGAAGAAAUUGCUGCAUCACUCGAGGAGCAGAGCGCCGCCGCGCUUCUCCGUGUCCCGCGCGCCACUCGCGACGUAGUUCGUCUCCGUGACGAUGCAGUUUCACUCCGUAGUUCGGUUGCUGGAAUCCUACAGAAGCUCAAGAAGGCAGAGGGAUCUUCUUCAGAGUCUAUAGCUGCUCUUGCUAAAGUAGAUACUGUCAAGCAGAGAAUGGAAGCUGCUUAUGAGACGUUGCAGGAUGCUGCUGGAUUAACUCAAUUAAGUUCAACUGUGGAGGAUGUCUUUGCUAGUGGUGAUCUUCCUCGGGCAGCUGAAACGUUGGCCAACAUGAGGCAUUGCUUAUCUGCUGUUGGUGAGGUUGCUGAAUUUGCCAAUGUCAGAAAGCAGCUUGAGGUGUUAGAGGAUAGGCUAGAUGCAAUGGUUCAGCCUCGUCUUACAGAUGCAUUAUCUAAUCGCAAGAUUGAUACUGCUCAAGAUUUGCGAGGAAUCCUGAUUCGAAUUGGAAGAUUCAGGUCCUUAGAGUUACAUUAUACAAAAGUUCACCUAAAAAAAAUAAAGAGUCUCUGGGAAGACUUUGACGCAAGGCAACGGACUAAUAAGGUUGCAAAUGAGAAGAAUGAAUUUGAAAGGCCGUCAAGUAAUAAUGAGUUGGUAUCAAGUUUGCCUACAGUAUCAUUCUCCAGUUGGUUGCCGAGUUUUUAUGAUGAAUUACUGCUGUAUAUUGAACAAGAAUGGAAAUGGUGUAUGGUUGCUUUUCCAGAUGAUUACAAGAUUCUUGUCCCAAAGCUACUAAUCGAGACUAUGGGAGUUGUUGGUACUAGUUUCAUUUCCCGUCUCAACCUAGCUACUGGCAAUGCUGUUCCAGAAACAAGAGCACUUGCCAAAGGUGUACUAGAUAUUCUAUCUGGAGACAUGCCAAAGGGAAUUAAAAUCCAGACUAAGCAUCUGGAGGCCUUGAUAGAAUUGCAUAAUAUAACGGGGACCUUUGCGAGGAAUAUUCAGCACUCAUUCUCAGAAUCUGAUAUCAAAAUUUUAACAGAUACAUUGAAGGCAGUGUAUUUACCAUAUGAAUCAUUUAAGCAGAAGUAUGGGCAGAUGGAGCGUGCUAUCCUCUCUUCUGAGAUUGCUGCAGUCGAUUUGAGGGGAGCAGUUACCCGUGGUGUGGGGGCACAGGGCAUUGAACUUAGUGAGACAGUUCGGAGAAUGGAAGAGUCUAUUCCUCAAGUCAUUGUUCUUCUUGAAGCAGCUGUGGAAAGAUGCAUCAGCUUUACUGGUGGUUCCGAGGCAGAUGAGCUAAUUCUUGCACUUGAUGACAUAAUGUUACAAUACAUUUCUAUUCUGCAAGAAACACUUAAAUCAUUAAGAGUUGUAUGUGGAGUAGAUCAUCUUGGUGAUGGGAUUAGUGGAAAGAAGGAGCUUGGCUUGGACAAAAAGGAAGGUGCACAAAAUAUACGCAGAGGGGAGUUGAUGUCAAAUGAGGAGGAAUGGUCCAUUGUGCAAGGGGCACUGCAGAUUCUCACGGUUGCAGAUUGUCUCACAAGCAGGUCCUCUGUCUUUGAAGCCUCUUUGAGAGCUACUCUAGCAAGAUUGAGCACCAGUUUGCAUCUUUCGGUGUUUGGUUCAAGUUUAGAUCCAAACCAGUUACAUAUAACCAGUGAAGAUGGAAACAACGAACAGUCUGUUGGUGGAAGGGCUGCCUUGGAUGUCGCUGCUGUCCGGCUUCUUGAUGUUCCAGAGAAGGCUCGGAAACUCUUUAGCUUAUUGGAUCAGUCUAAAGAUCCUCGGUUUCAUGCGCUUCCAAUGGCAUCUCAGAGAGUUGCUGCUUUUGCUGACACUGUGAAUGAACUUGUCUAUGAUGUUCUCAUAUCUAAAGUUCGACAGCGUCUAAGUGAUGUGGCCCAUUUGCCAAUCUGGUCCGCAGUGGAGGAACAAAGUGCAUUUCCUCUUCCAACAUUCAGUGCAUAUCCUCAGUCCUAUGUAACUAGUGUUGGUGAAUAUCUCCUCACUUUGCCCCAGCAGUUAGAACCUCUUGCUGAGGGCAUCUCUAGCAACAGUGACAUCAACAGUGAUGAAGCCCAAUUUUUUGCGACUGAAUGGAUGUUCAAGGUUGCAGAGGGUGCCACUGCCCUUUACAUGGAGCAGUUACGAGGCAUUCAGUAUAUAACAGAUCAUGGAGCUCAGCAGCUUUCAGUUGACAUCGAGUACUUGAGUAAUGUUCUUUCUGCUCUGUCAAUGCCAGUUCCCCCUGUCCUUGCCACAUUUCAAACUUGCCUUUCAACACAAAGGGAUCAGUUGAAGGAUUUAAUAAAGGCAGAUUCUGGCAACCAGCUGGAUCUUCCCACGGCUAACCUUGUGUGUAAAAUCCGGCGUGUGAGCUUAGACUAACAAUUUUUCUUUCUACUAAAUAGUAUUUUUCUUAUCUUAUAACAAAAUGGAGGUCUGCUGGCAUAGCAUUGUGAGUUUACUUCAGGUUUUUGACAAACGCAAUACUAAGCAUGAAGUGCAGGGGACCUCAUACAUUGUAUAAGAGUAAGCCUAUCAUUUCUGUCGCAAAUUUUCUAUGCACUUAGAGAAAAAAAAAAAUUGAAAUGAAGAAAGGAAAGAUGUAUACAAUUCAGAGUUGGGAAGUACUUCCUUACCCAUGCCUAUGUAUGAAAGGGGGAAAGGAAAUUUUAUA